UUUUAAAUUCUAUAGACACAUUUGACAUUUCUAUAUUUCUAAGGUGUUCGGUCUUUUUUAGGAAACUUCUGUGAGUGCUAUAUCGUUUUAAGGUUAGCUGCGGUCGGCGUGUUUUUCAUUUUCAUCUCGAAGUCGAGAGUUAAAUUAAAAUGGCGCCAACAGUUGAAAAAAGUAAGACUAAAAAGCAACUACCAGUUGUUCCCGAAUCCGUCUUGAAACAACGUAAAAGACGUGAUUUAGCUAGGACCAUUAAGGUUCAAAGUGCCAUCAAGAAGAAAGCUGUCCAAGUGAAGAAACGCAAGGAAAUCUUCCAAAGAGCCGAACAAUAUAUGAAAGAGUAUAAACUCAAAGAAAGAGAAGAAGUCAGGUUGGUCAGACAAGCAAAGAACCGUGGUAAUUAUUAUGUACCUGGUGAAGCUAAAUUGGCAUUCGUAAUUAGGAUUAGGGGUAUCAACAAAGUAGCCCCUAAAGUCAGGAAAGUAUUGAAACUUUUCCGUCUGUUGCAAAUCAACAAUGGUGUCUUCGUGAAACUUAACAAAGCCACCAUCAACAUGUUGAGAAUAUGCGAGCCCUACAUUACCUGGGGUUAUCCCAACCUAAAAUCAGUUAAAGAACUGAUCUACAAAAGAGGAUUCGCCAAAGUCAAUGGUCAGAGAAUUCCAAUCACCAGUAACGAAAUCAUUGAGAACAGACUAAGCAAAUCCAAUAUCAUCUGCGUCGAAGAUCUUGUCCAUGAAAUUUUCACCGUUGGACCUAAGUUCAAAUUUGCCUCAAAUUUCUUAUGGCCCUUCAAGCUAAAUACCCCAACUGGUGGAUGGCGUAGGAAGACAAACCACUAUGUUGAAGGUGGAGACUUCGGUAAUAGGGAAGACAGAAUUAACGAGCUCCUCAGAAGGAUGGUUUAAGAUAUAGUAAAAUAAUGUUUGUUAUUUCAAUAACAAAAUGUUAAAAAUU